GAUCUUUUCCCGUCACUUAUCUGAUCGCUUCCUUCCCCUCCCAUCUCUCUACUAAUCACCAUUUUUAUUUACUUACCAUGGAGCUUACUGCACCACGCCGAAUCCUUGUUGCAGGAUGCUCGUACGGAGGUAUGGCCUUUGUGGUCAACCUUUUGGAUUUGUGUUCGGGCCGACCGGCGAGAGGUGAUUAUGAGAAGACGCCGCCGAUUCCUGAGGCGUUGAAGGGUGUGCCUGUGGAUGUACAUAUUGUGGAUGAGAGGGAUGGAUAUUACCAUCUUAUCGGGUCGCCACUUGCGUUUGCCAGCGAGACAGCAGCGAAGAAAUUCUGGCAUAAAUAUUCAGAUAUCCCGUCCCUCCAACAUCCAAGCGUAAGAUUCAGCCAGGCCAGCGUACAAAAAGUCGACCCAGAGCGCAUGACCGCAACGAUCAAAGAUGUGAAGACUGGCGAGAUAUCAGAACAUUCCUACGACUACGUCGUCGCAGCUACAGGACUUCGAAGACCAUGGCCAACAGUCCCACAAAGCCUGACACAAGAGAAAUACAUCCAAGAAACUAGUGACCACGUCAAACUCGUACAAAACGCCGACCAAGGCGUAGUCGUCAUCGGUGGCGGCGCCGUCGGAAUCGAAAUGGCCGCCGAGCUCAAAGUCGUCUACCCAUCACUGAGCGUAACCCUCAUCCAAUCCCGCAACGAACUCCUCAGCGCCGAACCUCUUCCCGAAGACUUCAAAUCCACCUCCCUCAAGCUCCUCCGCGAAACAGGCGUAAACGUAAUCCUGGGUCACGGCCGAGUGACAUCCACCAUCCCCAUACCCAGCGACUCAGGCCGUCCUCUCUACAACCUCACCCUCGCAGACGGCACUACCUUGAAGGCCUCCCACGUCAUAAACGCCGUCUCACACCCCGAACCAACAGCUUCUUACCUCCCACCCUCCUCUCUAGACCCCUCAACAAACCUCAUAAACAUCUCGCCACUCCUCCGCUUCCUUCCCGACUCCCACCCCAAGACAGCCCACCACCUCGCCCUCGGCGACAUCGCAAAGUGGUCCGGAAUCAAACGCUGCGGUGGAGCGCUCGCAAUGGGCUACCACGCCUCUCAAGCAAUUUUCGAACAGAUCCUACACGAGCAAUACGGGACACCGAGAAAAUUGGCAGAAUGGCCUGAAGUUCCACCAAUGAUUGCUUUGGUCGUGGGGAAGAAAGCUGUUGUGUAUGAUCCUACUGAAGGGACGAGAAGCGGUGAGGAAGAGAUGGAAUUGUUCUUUGGAGAAGAUCUGGGGUGGAAGGGAUGUUGGGAUCAUUUGAAAUUGUCGCAAGGGUGGGAAGAGGAGAAGCAUGAUUCGCCAGUGGCGGGGACGCAUGCGGAGACGGAUAAUUGUGCGAUUCCGAAGAUCAAGUUGGCGCCUGCUGCGAAGGAUGCGGCGGAGAAGGAGGCGGUGACGGGGCGGGAGGUUUUGAAGGAGGUGUUGGUAGCGCAGUAGCGUAGGCUGGAUCCGAUCGUUGGCUUGAGGCCCAGACUCACAGGAGAAGAGAUACGUUCAUCAGCUCAAGUGCUAGGUUCAUAGAAGAAGAGGUGGAAUCGAAGAUCAUCACAAAUUUCAUGAACAACAUUUCGAAGAAGCUAGCGUAGCGUCUGUCGUUUAUGUACCUCUAUCUAGUGAGGCUCGUUCAGUGUAUCGUAGCCACC